AUGGCGACUUGUUAUCAAAAACAUCCCUUCGAAAUAGAAUCAGAAGAUCGAUUGACUACUAUAAACACUAAAAUAUUUGAGAUCAAAAAGAAGAUACAAUUGUCAGAGGGUCAAAGAAAAUCAAACUACGAAGAAAACGAGGCUGAGAAACAACAGAACAAUGAACUCAUAGAUUCUCUGAAGAAGGAAGUUAAACAGCGGUUGGCUGAACUUGCGCAAGCAAAAGCAGUAAUAGGAGAGGAUGAAGUCCAAAUCAAGAAGUAUCUCAAUGAAGUCUGUCCGAUGGGCAACAAGAAUUCCGAACAGAUAAUACAUAAUCUAGACUUAAAGGUGAUAGAACAGAGGAAGAUGUUAGACGUUUUAAAAUACGAGAAGGGAAGUAAGAAAAAAAAACUGUCACUUUUAGAGAAGGAGUACGAAUACCUACUUAUAGAAGCUAACAAGGGUAUAUUAGUGAAGUCUAAAAACAAUAGCCGAGCUAGAAAAAACGUAUCGCAUUUGGAAAAUGAAAUUCACAAAGUCUUGAUCCAGUGGACCGAAGCUGAGCUAGUCAAGAAGAAGUAUAUGUCGAUUAGACAAGCCCUAAUUGAUGACUCAGUGAAAUUUGAAAGCUCACUCACACAUAUAGAAAGUAUUUUACAAAAACAAAAGGAGGAAAUUGACAAACUAGACAGAGUCCGAGAAGAAGCAGCAGAGAUGCGCUUGCGUGCGACAGCAGCUACCGCCGCUGAGGCUGCGCGUGCUCAUGACGCCGAACACUCGCGAGUGGCCGAUCGCGCCUACUUCACACAACGUUUCGCUGAAAGGAAACGAGAACUUGAGAAAUUAGAGAAGAGAGUAUUUCCUCCACAGGUUCGUCCAGUGGUACGCCAGGAAUCCACCAGGUCUACAGAAGGUGAAGCCGCGGCAGAAGAGUUAACUGCAGCGCAGCAAAUGGAAGAUAUAUUCCAGAAACUUAUGAAGCUAACUGGUGUAACAGAUGCCGAGGAAAUAUUCGACAGAUUCCAGGCACAGCGAGAGACCUCCCAACGUCUUGCUUACCUUCAGCAGACGACGGAACAAGAGAAAUUACAACUGGAACAGACGCAGAAUUCUCUCAUGACAGAGCUCGAAGCUUUUAAAUUUGCUUCUGUCAAGGAUAAAGAUGAAGGUCAAGAACAAAUCGCAGCGCUGAAAGAAGAAAUAGCAGAAGAGGAAAAAGUUUAUUUGGAGCUGGAAAAGAAAAUGGAUGACUUAGAAACUCUGUUGCUGGAGAUUAAGAGGUUGUUGUAUGAACUCUGCAAGCUGUUGGAUAUAAUUCCAGAACCUUCUAUGCCAGAAUGGACGGCAGAACCUCGUGACGUCCAAGAGCUUGUGAUGGUGUUACAAGUACGCUACGAUAAAGCCCGAACGAAGCUAGCAGACGUUAAAGAGCGGCAGAAGGAUACCACAUAUAUUAUGGUGCCUUCUAAUCCGACGAGCGGUGCACCAUCAGUCGCCGGCAUGAGCAUGCACAGCCAUAGUACUCUCAAAGAGACAGAGAAAGUCGUGCCUACUUACAAAGAACUACUGCAGAAAGAACCUAUCAAAGCUCCAACGUCAGAUGAUGAAGAAGACAUACCUUCAAGGUGUUAUCUGAAGCGUCAAGCACAAUUAAUAGUGGAUACGAAGUGCAGACGAAAAGGAUUUAGAAUGCCGUUGCCUAGAAAAUAA